CAGAUCCAUUUUUCUGCUUCGAGAAAAAAUCAUUCCGUGCUUUCGAAUUUGCCGUCGGACGCCGUCCGCCGUUGUUAACGCUAGUUGUUCUCCGUCGUAACAUAGGUCCGCCUAUGACUGCUGAUACGUUAUCCGGUGUGAUCUGCAUUUCGUGAUUAAUUUGGUAGCUGGAUCCGCUCCAAAAUUUCAGUAUUUGUUAUACUGGGUGAGUUGGGAUUAAAACUUGCUCACCCCAGUGUGAAGCCAUACGAUGAUCGGAGCUGGAAAGAUCAAGCAGUAUAGUAAUGUCCUGGAAAAGCCCCUCAACAAGGGCAAGCAAGAGGUUAGUUUGAGUGCGUUUGCGUUCUUGUUCUCAGAGCUUGUGCAGUACAAUCAAACACAGGUCGACAAUAUUGCUGAGUUAGAACGAAGACUGGAGGAUGCUGGAUAUGCUGUUGGGGCUCGAGUUCUGGAACUGCUUUGCCAUAGAGAAAAGGGAAACAGGAGGGAGACAAGAUUAUUAGGUAUUCUGUCUUUUGUACACAGCACAGUGUGGAAGGUAUUGUUUGGAAAGGUAGCGGACUCACUGGAGAAAGGCACUGAACAUGAAGAUGAAUACAUGAUCAGUGAAAAGGAGCUCCUUGUAAACAGAUUCAUUUCUAUUCCAAAGGACAUGGGAACUUUCAAUUGUGGAGCAUUUGUCGCUGGAAUAGUACGAGGCGUUUUGGAUGGCUCUGGAUUUCCAGCGGUUGUUACUGCUCAUUUUGUGCCCAUGGAAGGCCAACAACGACCACGCACUACUAUCUUGAUAAAGUUUGCUGAAGAGGUACUACGUAGAGAAGCCCGACUAGGCUGAUGAUGUUCAUACGAUGAAUUCACAACUGAGAUGCUUGUGUUUUUUUACCCGAGUUCAAAAGAUCUGGACUUUUGACCUCUGCUUGGCUCAGUAAAAGAGGACGUUCUCACAAGCCUGAUUUAUCUCUGUCCUCUGAACUCUUGUUUUUCUUCUUGUUUGUUUCAUGUGUGUGCAAUUAAAGGGCUGCCUUGAAGGCAGAAUCGCUUAGUGAAUUUAAAUGAUAACGUUAAAGACAAAAUGGGCAGGUAAAAAUGUAUCUUUGAUGAUUUAACUUACGCAGAGUUUUAGUUGGCUAUGAAGUUUUUUUCCCCCUCCCAGUUAUCUUUAA